GGGCCGAGCCCCGCCCCCGCCCCUAUAAAACGGCUUCCCGGGCUCUUUGUGGGGCCGCCAGCUCGGUGUAGACCCGGCGGCAGCUCGGUGCCCGGUGCCGACCAGCCGGCCGCGGGGCUGUCUCCGGAAGGCGGAGCCGCGAGCGCCCCGGUGCCCGCGCCCGGCCGGGACACCCUCACUCCGCGCGCAGUCACCCCGUGUAGACCACAAGGGCGUGGGUCAGCCUCCCCUAGGACUUCAUGUCUGUAUAUUUCCCCAUCCACGGCCCCGAUUGCCCGAGCUCCGCGAAGAUGACCGAGGUGAUGAUGAACGCCCCGUCCAUGGAGGAGAUGGGCCUGAGCCCCCGCAAGGACCUUUCCUACCAGAUCUUCCCCGACCCGUCGGACUUCGACCGCUGCUGCAAACUGAAGGACCGUCUGCCGUCCAUCGUGGUGGAGCCCACGGAGGGUGAGGUGGAGAGCGGGGAGCUGCGGUGGCCCCCCGAGGAGUUCUUGGUCCAGGAGGACGAGCAGGACAACUGUGACGAGACAGCGAAGGAAAACACGGAGCAGUAGCGCCCCUGCGGGCGUCGUGCCCGGGCCGCUUGGACAGCACCUGCCCCUGGACUGCCCCCCCCCCCCGAGGCGGUGGCAGUGGCGGGAGCAGGCGCCGCUGCCCUGUCCACACCGGCCGGCCAUGGCUUCCGUCGUGCACCUGCAAAUCACUGACUUGGUUUCUUUCCUUUCCUUCUUUCUCCUUUUCUGAGAUGUCGGGGGGCAGUGGCGCCCCGAGAGAGGAAGCCGAGGGCAGGGCUGGCCCAGGGAGUUGGGGGGGGGGCGCAUGUCUCUCUGAUGAUGGGGUGGGGGUGGGGAGUGGGGGGUGGGCGAGGGGCUGUCCAGGCAGCAGGGGAAGAGGCAGGUAUGAGACAGUAGGAAGCAUCCCACCUUGAGACAUGUACGGCAGGCGGCCAGCCCUCACCUCGGACCCCUCGGCCCGGAGCGUGCACCCCAGCCUUGCUUCUCCAUUAGCCGUGUUGUCUCUUACGGGGCGGGGGGGGAUGGGGAGGGGGGAGGGGACCAGGAGACCCCGCAGCCGCUGGGCUGGAUGGAGAUUUUUCCCGGCUCCUUCCCCACCAGGCCUGUGCUCCGGGAUGUGGCUGUUUCUGGGGGUUCCGGGAGGGAUUCCCUCGGGAAAUCUUUUGAGCCUAUCCCUUCUGGCCCUCUCAGUUUGGGGUGGGGGGGGAGUAGUUAGAGCGUUUCCUGCCCUCGCAGGGAACCCAGGUGGAUGCCGGGACAGGAAGGUUGCUCCCUCGCUGGUUCCCCAGGAUGAUUUCUGAGUCCGGGCAGGGCCCCAGGGCUGCCUCCACACCCGCCCCUGGCAUCGGUGGGGGGGCCCAGCCACAGGGUCACCCCAGCUGUGUGGGGGCUGGAUGGUCAUGGAGGGCUGAGGCUGUGCUUCCCGUUCUGUGCUUGGGAAGGGGCUUCCUGCACCCCCCGCCCCGCUGGGGUUAUAGGAUGGCUGGGCGAGGCACUCCCGCUGCAUCCUGGGUGCCCUGAACUUCUCCCAUGGAAGGAUGGCAGUGAGGGGGCUGCCCGCGGCACCCCGCCCGGCAGGGAGAGGCUGCCUGGGGCUGGGAGGCCCGCGUCCUGCUUAGAAGCUUCUAGAGCAGAGACCGCUGGACGUGCUCUUCCGGCAUCCCAGAGCAGGACGGGAUGGAUGACCCAGAUGGGGCCCCCUGCAGCUGUCCUGGGUCCCCCCCCCCCGCCCCCCCUCCCCCCACUGCCCUGACGUCCCCCAUCCCACCACCUCGCGCGCUUGGGGGCGUGCCUGCGGAGUUGGGCUUGGUACCCCCGAGUCAGGCUGGCUCUGGGGCGCCGCGGGUGGAUUGGGAACAGACCCAGGGGGGGGGUCCCGAAGGCCCAGACACGCUCCUUCGCUCCUCGCUACCUGCUCCGUGUCGUCCGCUUGUGCCCCACGCGCCGAGCGCAAUAACUCUUCCUGGCGACCCCCGGGCGCUCGCGCUCCCGGUACAGCUGCAGAGCGGACCCCUCCCCGCCCGCCCCCGCCCCGCGCCUCCCCGUGGGUGGGGUCUUGCCUUCGAGAAUCCUGUCUCCGUGUGCCAUGCUGUCCUGGUCUCCCCCUGUGUUGGAACCGUGCUUCUAGACUGCAGAACAAACCCGACUCUGUGUACAUGUGUGUGCUUGGGGUGGGGGAGGGGGUGGGGUCCUUAUUUUGUUUUCCUGGGCGCUUUGGACCCUGUUGUCCGGCCGUGUGGAGUCCGAGCAGGCCGGGGCCGGGGGUCCCGGCUGAGCCGUUCUUGGGCAAGUGGCCGAGCUCCUGCCUGGCCGCCUUUUUUUUUUUUUUUUUUAAGUAACUCGUGUGUGUUUCUAACUGAUCGUAUUGGAAAACAAACAGCCCUAGUAUUUCGGUAAACAUGCCUGUUGUAAGAGGAACCUCCUGUAACUUCUAUCUGUUCUUUUUUGAGGCUCAGGGAGAAACUAGCUUUGUUAUUUUUUUUCUUUUUUUUUUUUCCGAACUAGUUUUUGUCACUGUGACAGUUGUAAAUAAAGUUUGAAAAUGCUUUC